AUGGAAGAAGGCAUCUACCACGAUGAAGUAGAGAUCGAAGACUUUGACUACGACCCAGACACAGAAACUUUCACCUAUCCAUGCCCGUGUGGGGAUUUAUUUACCAUUUCCAAAGAUGAUCUACUGGGCGGAGAAAUUGUGGCCAGUUGCGUCAGCUGUUCACUGGUUGUCAAAGUUAUAUACGAGAUUGAUGACAUUGAGAAUAUCGUCCACUCAAAAGCAAAGUUAAAAGUGGAGACUAAACCAAGCGAAGAGUUGAUCAAAAAUUAA